AUGCGAAUAUCAAUCCCGCCGGUGACUCGCACAUUGCUCGGACUGACCGUUUUCUCGUCGCUUCUGGUGCUCUCGCUGCGAUAUCUCGCCUACAUCAGCCUGCCCGACCCCCAUGACGUGGUGGUCCCCUGGAUCCAGCUGGUGCCCACGUUGUCGGUCAUGUACCCCUGGACGCUGCUGACGGCCACGUUUGUCGAGACCAACCUCUUUUCGGGCCUGCUGCAGCUCUCCACGCUGUGGUUUGGAGGAGCCUACUGUGAAAGCGUGUGGUCCAGCCGUGGCCUGGUCAAGUUUGUCGUCAUCCAGGCGGUGGUGCCCAACGUGCUUGCGGUGCUGUGCGCGGUGGCGUUCUUCUGGCUCACCCAGCGACCCGAGGAACUCAUGGUCGACUUCAGCGGCGGCACCGCCAUUGUGUCGGGCUUCAUUGUUGCCUUCAAACAGCUGGCUCCCGAACACCGCAUUGUGCUGUUCAGAGGUCUGGUCAAGUUCCGUGUGCUGCAUCUGCCGCUCAUCUUUCUCGUGGCCAAUACGCUUCUGGGUCUGCUGUCGUCGGUCUACGUGAUCCACGCCUGGGGUGGUUUUUUUGUCGCGUGGGUCUAUCUGCGGUUCCUCAAGAUCUCCUACGCCGAUCCGGUACUGCCGUUUUCGGGCAGCUCGUCCAAUGCGGCCAACGCAACCCAUCACAACCCCCACGGAGUGCGGGUCAGAGGAGACGCCGGCGAUGCGUUUGCGCUCGACCAGUUUUUCCCCGAGCCCAUGGCUUUUGUGGUGCGCAAGGUGUCGUACCCGGUGUGGUCGGUGCUGGUCAAGCUGGGGGUCAAGCCGUUUGAACAGAGCGAGAUCGACUCGUCAAACCAGCGGUACCAGAGCAAGCGGGCUGCGGCCAUCCAACAGCCCACAUGGCGGUUUGGGGUGGCCCAAGAGCUGCAGCAGACCCAAAAUACCCGUGCUGAGGCGGAGCGACGGCGCCAGCUGGCCCUCAGAGCCUUGGACGAGAGAAUGGGAAAGUAG